CUGUAGAUUUAAGCCCCAAGGGUUGGAAUUAUAACUGCAAUCUGACAGCUGCGAUUUUAUUGGAGGUAUGGUAGCUUUUUCAGCUGCUAAUUUGAUUUAUCAAAAGAAGAUCGGAAUCAAUAGGUUUUUUAACUGAACAUAUACGUUGAGAUGAAGAUGUGUGUGCUGAGUGGUUUAUGCUGUCUCGGAUAGUUUAAUAUGCAUUUAAUUUCCCCACCAGUUCCCUCAACAGUGCCCCACUAAUUAACUGAGUGAGCCUCGUAGUGCAUAGACGAUCUUUGCAGGCCUACUGUUAAGACAUUGGACGUUGACCCGUAGAGGACUUCGGCGGCAUUAUCGCUCGCAGCUCCGCUUCAUUCUCCCGCACCGCCGGUGUUGAAAAUGGUCUGAAAACGGAUGAAACCACGAGCGAUUAACGUGAGGCUCCAGAACCGCAUAAAGAAGGAUUCGUACUGGCAUCUACGGCAGCAUCAGGGCCGCGGCGCAUACUGACAGAUAUGUCUUCCUCCGCCGAGCGAGAUAGCGUCGUCAAAAAGACGCACGUCCGAUUCGCCAGCAAGGGGGACGAUGAGGACGAUGAGCAGGACGAAGACACCCUGUUCGAUAAGAGGAACGACGCGGGGAGAAAGCUCAGGAGCGCCCUGAUACCGAAACCGGGAUGCGAAGACCGGGUGAAGGUGGUCGGUGGAGGAAACGGCGGACGAGGAAACGGCGGACGGGGAAACGGCGGACGGGGAACCUGCGCGCGCUGGGUGGUCACGCUUGUGCUUUGUGGGUCUUCCCUGGGCUUGGGCAUGAGCAUCUCUGUUCUCGGCCCCACCUUUGAGGAUCUGGCUUUGAAUGUGAAGAAGGACAUCAGCAACAUCUCCUACAUCUUCAUAGGGCGCUCUGGAGGCUACAUUGGUGGAUCUCUCAUUGGGGGGGUUCUCUUUGACUGCAUGAACCCCCACCUGCUGCUGGGAUUUUCCACGAUUCUCACAGCAUUCGGAAUGUAUGCAAUCCCGUUCUGCCAGCAGGCCGCGCUCCUCACCGCCUUCAUGUCCAGCAUCGGAGUAUCCAUGGGCGUUCUGGACACAGGUGGGAACGUGCUCAUCCUAAACACCUGGGGGGACCAGGCCGGCCCCCACAUGCAGGCUCUUCACUUCAGCUUCGCCGCAGGAGCCUUCGUGUCACCCGUCAUCGCAAAGCUGCUGUUUGGUUCGGACGAGAAGGGAACGCAGCUUCUGAACGCAACACUUCCCGUCACCAAAGCCCCCGCCCCCGAAACUGCCUUCAACCUCAAGUCCUCCCUGAAGUCCAUGUGGGCCUACAUAGUGAUCGGCUCCUUCCUCUUCCUGGUCUCCGUCCUCUUCUUCUUACUCUACAGUCGCUGUGGCACUGUGAAGGAUCAGUCUCAUUCCGGGUCAGGAAAGCAGCUGGUGGCCAAACACCACCUGGCUCUGGUUUUCCUGCUCUUCCUCUUCUUCUUCGCCUAUGUGGGGGCCGAGGUGGCCUACGGCUCCUUCAUCUUUACCUUUGCCAAGGACUUUUCUCACAUGCCUGAAGCCCAGGCCGCUGGGCUCAACUCGCUCUUUUGGGGUACGUUUGCCGCCACCCGAGGCUUUGCCAUCUUCUUUGCCACCUGCAUGUACCCCGGCACCAUGAUCCUGCUCUGCCUGCUGGGCUCCACGCUCUCAUCCCUCCUGCUCUGCCUCUUCUGCAACCACAAGGUGGCACUGUGGGUGUGCACUGGCGUGUAUGGGGCCUCCAUGGCCACCACCUUCCCCAGCGGCAUUUCGUGGUUGGAGCAGUACACCACGAUCACAGGCCACACGGCGGCGGUGUUUGUGGUGGGAGCGGCGCUGGGGGAGAUGGUUCUGCCGGCGCUGGUGGGCUUCCUGCAGGGGCGGUUCCCAAAUCAGCCCCUGCUCAUGUACCUGUCCCUGCUCACCUCCACCUUCACCGCCAUCAUCUUCCCCGUUAUGUAUAAGCUAGCCUCGGCCCCCGGCAGCCCCAGGAGGAAGCCAAGCGUUGAACGCCAAAUAGAGGCGGAUGACAGCGAGUACUGUAGGAAAGAAUCUUUCCGCUUUUCAGAUUUUUCCAUCCAUGCGUGUUCAAUUGUCGGGAGCAGACCACGGAUUCAACCGGAUUAAAAAUACACAAAGUUUAUUGCCAUAACAAAUAGUUCUAACACAGAUUAAAACACAUUGUUGCAGAUAUCUGGAUUCUCAAGUUAAAAGGCCUACAGACGCAUAAGUUACAUGCGAAUUACUCGUAGGUGUUCUUGAGAACAAUAGAAUACUUCCAAAAUAGUCCUUUUAACAUGUGUGUUGAAACUCCUCCUUCAGGAAACAUCGUGGCGGCCGAAUCUCCGCCCCUGGUUGCUCUGAUUCGUCAUAUAGCCCGCCUGCUCUCACCGGCCAAUAGAUGGAAUAGCAGCCUCUGGAUUUGCUCCUCUCUGUCGUCGGACCAGAUAGGAAGGUGCACCCGGUGCACCCAUGAAAAGAUUCCCUAUUAGGGCCUAAUAAAUCCUUCCCAGAUAACCGAAGACUCCAUCACAGACAUUAGGGCAGAGGUUAGCUCCAACCUCCACAUGAGAACACGAAUCUGAACACUUUCCCAGGGAUAAGACCUUCAACCCAGAUGGUAGAAAUGCAGUCCAUGGCAUAUUUAUGGGGUCUUUGCAAAACUCCUAGAUUUGCACAAAGAACAUUCUAUUUCUUUCACAGGGGUGUGCAGGAGAAAAGUUUGCCGCUGAAGUCAUAAAGAAAAAAGAAAUUUCACAGGAGAAUAAGUCUUGAGAGUUCAAAAUGAGUUCACUUCACACUUAAGAUUAAGCUGCAAUCUAAUAAAGUAUAAGAUACAAAAACAUA